AAGACAUUCAGGAACUUGGUAGAGUUCUGUCAGUUGGAAAGCAUGGGCUUCUCGUGGAAGUCGACGGUCGAGUAUAAGGCGGGUGACCGGCGCAUUCCAACGAACAGAAUCCAAGUCACGAAGGGCGCGGGCAGGGGCAGGGGCAGCUGUCCGUCGAGCGAAGAGAGAGAUGCCCGCUCGAGAAGAUUCCCAGGACGAUGGCCAUCGCCAGGAGAAAGGCCAUGCUGCUGAGAAGCAGCAAGUCGUUCCGAUGGGAUCCCUAUUCGGAUCCGGUUUUCUGUCGGAAAUGAAGGAGAAAUUGGGUCCGUCUGUUGACAUGCUCACGAACGAGGUCUCUCGUUCCGCGCCACUGGACGCGGCGAGACGAAUGUUCGGGUCCAAGGAUCAACAGCAAAUCUUCGCCAAUCGUCUCGUGAUUUGCGUUGUCCCGCCAGCAGGCGCCGCUUUCACAUUCGGUGCGACAUUGCUGGGAGCCCAGGUAGCAGGGGCAGGUUUGAGAGUAUCUUGUGCAACACCGGUCAUGGCUUCGGUCGUUGGCUUUAUGGCCUUGGGCACGGCAUCUGCAGCAGCUGCUCAGGUUUCCCAUAGUCUACGCAGAUUUUAUGGCCAGGGAAAAAUGAACGGGGGCAAUGAAUACCUCGCAAAGGACACUCUUCUGGUCAAUGCAUUAUUUGGUAUAGUGGCUUUCAAGGUACUGGGAGGUAGCUUUCAUAGAUUGAUGCCAAGCAAUGUAAAUCAUCCUGGAGCGCUCCAUUCUGUUUCAAUUCCUGCUCGAGGAUCUAAGUACGCCAAUGACAUAGAACAGGUUCUCAUUCAAGACAUGUUCAAACGUCAUGGUUGUCAUCAUUGUGGAAAAAGGGCUGGAGAGAGCAUCGCUGAUCACAUGCCUCCAAACGUGAUAGCUCAUGGAAGAGGGUGGGCAAAAGCGGUUGUAGCUAGUGGUGAAGCUAAUUCCUUUUUGGCGAGGUUACGAUCGACUAUACCAUUUUUACCUUUCUCUCCCAAAGUGGUGCAUCAAAGGCUGUAUCCACAGUGCACAGAUUGCUCAAAAUUACAAAGUGCGGCCUUACGCCAUGGCAAAAGAGGGCCUCUUGUGUUCCACUUCAAACGAGGUGUUCCUGAGGCUCCCUUCUUCACAGGCUUCUGCAUCGGAUCCAUGCGAAUAGAUGAUAGUGUUACAGACGAUGCGAGGACAAGCCGAUAACGUCUGAUUGAUUCAUGAGCGCAGCUGACAAGUUGGAAAUUUCAAGAGUUGACCCGGGACUUCGUUCUUGCCGGACCUGGGAAGUCGUAAAUGAGAACGACAGUGCUUGCCAAAUAUUUUUGGCGACAAAUUCGCUGUGAAGGAUCCUCUCUGAGUGCAGAGGCGGUGAUCUUGCAGAUUCAGAAUUCUCCUCCUUGUGCUUUUAUGCACUGGGAUAAGAGAAAAGAAUAAGCAGGGAUUAAGCUGCUCCUCUUUAGAUUCUUCUUUCCUUUCGACACUACACCGAUUACUGGCCCCAUCACGCAGAGCGGGCGAGUCAGUAACAGAUUUGUUUUUUAGUGUGAAUGUCUACUUUCAAUACUUAUGUACACAAGUCAGGAGCCUUGCCUGUACAUUACAUUUCUGGGAACAUUGAGAGCACACGAUUCAACUGUGACCCACAUUGGGCAAUCUUCGACAUAAUGGAAAGUAUAAUGUACUUGUACGACAAUGCCACAGCACUUUAGCAAGUAUAUGUUUAUUAAUUCACUUAGCAAGUAUCAACAGGUAUUUGGUAACCAUUUACCAUCCAUGGACUAUCUCUGAAAAAUGCAAGGGUGCGUACUUUUGCACUUUCCAGAGACUCUGACGGUGAAAGGGCUGUGACCGGUGACAGUUCUGCUCUCACUUAGCAAGUCGAAGUUGAGAACUAAUUUCUGUCCCAUUCCCGAGUGGAGGAAUGGGCUGCCAACUUCUCAGAAGAGCUCCGUGUCUGGAUUUUGGUCAAAAUACGGGGCCAUUUGUGCACAUUUACUUGCAAGGAGACUUCAAGUCACCACAAAGCAUUGCCAUCAUUCACUAUCCAACCGGAAG